GCUGAUCUGGCAACAGCGCGCUAGUUUUUCAAAUGGUAGUCUGCUAGUAGCUUCGUGCUCGAGCCGGGCAAACAAACAAGUUCGGCUUUCGCAUGAAAGACAGAAAUUGUGACUUGUCAGAUAAACUACAACAUGAAGAUCUACAGUCUUGGCGCCAACCCAAAUAAGCCUUGCAACAUCUUGAAUUUCAAAGGCGUUUCGCUGAUGCUCGAUUGUGGGCUCGAUAUCAAUUCGGCCCUGCACUUUCUCCCUCUGCCUCUUGUAGCUAGCAAACGGCUUUCUAGCUUGCCAAAUUGGAUACCGAAAGAUGCACAAGAUGCUGCACUUCUGGAUGGAGAACUUAAAGAGUGUGAAAAUAGGGUGCUUGUUGAUGGCCCAAUUGAAAUAUUGCCUCCACAAUCAGACAUAUUUGACAUAUCCAAUGUCGACACCAUUUUGCUGUCAAAUCAUGCCUGCAUGUUGGCCCUUCCGUUCAUCACAGAAGAAACAGGCUUUAAAGGAAGGGUCUAUGCUACCGAACCAACCCUACAGAUUGGAAGGCUGUACAUGGAAGAAUUGGUUCACUAUUUGGAAAGAACUCCAAAAACCCAGCGAUCAAGUAGAUGGAAGCAAGUUCUUCAGUCCCUUCCACCUCCCCUGAAUGCUGCAUUGAGACCAAAUGACUGGAGGAAAGUCUAUUCCAUGAAAGCCAUAAAUGCAGCUUUAGCUAAAGUUCGCAUGGUCGGCUUCAACGAGAAAAUAGAUAUUUGUGGUGCCCUUACUGUAAUGGCGGUCAGCUCAGGGUAUUCCCUCGGUAGUUGCAACUGGAUUAUUCAUUCUGGCUAUGAAAAAAUUGCAUAUGUGAGCGCUUCAUCAACCCUCACUACUCAUCCCAGGCCAAUGGAUCAAGUAGCACUUAGGAACGCCGACCUCUUAAUCCUGACAGCGUUGACCCAGACACCCGUUGCCAACCCUGAUUCCAUGUUGGGUGAAUUUUGCAUGGCAGUUGCUGCCACACUACGUUCGGGGGGUUCUUGUCUCGUCCCUUGUCACCCUUCCGGACUACUUUACGAUUUGUUUGAAUGUCUCUCUGUUCAUUUGGACAACAUUGGUCUAAGUCAAAUUCCACUCUUUUUCUUCUCACCUGUUGCUGAAACGUCAUUAGCUUAUUCCAAUAUUUUCGCAGAAUGGCUCUCUUCAGGCAAGCAGAGUAAAGUAUAUCUCCCAGAAGAACCUUUUCCACAUGCCCAUCUCAUCAAAAAUGGGCGACUAAAACAUUUCCCAAGCCUCCAUGCUGAAGGAUUUACCAACGAGUAUAGACAGCCUUGCGUGGUCUUCUGUGGCCAUCCGUCUCUCCGCUUCGGCAAUGUAGUACAUUUCAUAGAGUUGUGGGGUAAUCACAGCAACCAUAGCAUCGUCUUCGUUGAACCCGACUUCCCGUAUCUUGAAGCCCUGGCCCCGUAUCAGCCUCUGACCAUGAAAAUCGUUCACUGUCCUAUUGAUACCAGUCUGAGCUUUACCCAGGCCAAUAAAUUGAUCCGCGAUCUUAAACCGGGCAACCUUCUCGUGCCGGACAUCUAUCUCCAUCCACCGGUGUCUGCACCAUUACGAUCUGACUUGGUUAUUCAGGAAUUGGAGCCUCCAGCAUUGGGUAUGAAGUCAUAUCAGGUGUUGCAAUUACCAAUCAAGAGGAAACAGGAAAAAGUGCACCUCGAUCCUGCCUUGGCGUCGCGGCUUGAACCCAUCCAAUUUAAGACUGGGUUGUCAGCCUCUACCUUAACUGGAAAAUUGGACGCACGCGACAACAAAUUUACUCUUAAAGUAUUAAACGAAGAAGAAGGAGGCACUUUGUACAGUGCAGCGGAAAGAAUGCUGCCUCGCCAUCCAUGGGGCUCGGUCGAUACAACACAGUUGUUGCACUUGCUCAGUCAACAUGGUUUACUAGAUGCUCGCGUUGAAGACACUCCUCGAGGAGUCGUUAUCCAUUUGCCAAGAGAAGACACCGUUAUUCAGCUAGAAGGCUCCAACACUCAUGUUUACUGCCAUGAUGAAGCCCUUCGGAGGACUUUAAGGGAUAUUUUACUUCAGUGUUUACCAUGUUUGUGAAAAUAUCGUAAUAAACGCGGCCGUUUCUCACUUA